GAAAUAUUUUUGCUUACGUUUUCGCCGCUUCAUUAAAACGUCCAACCAAACGUCCAUUGAGUCUUAGAAUGACACUUUUAUUAAUAAUUUAUUAAUUUUAUUAUUAGCAUGUAGCAAAUACUGUUUCGGGUACUCUUGAUGUUAUUUAAAGCAUAAACACUGGCAAAGAGUCACCAAGAAGAUGUCAUUCCUUGUUGACUCGAUUAUUAUGGUCUUUUCAUUGGCGAGUAUAAUUAAAUUUUUAAAUUAUAAUUAUAAUUAAAUUAAAACUUAUUUUAUACUUAUCAAACUUGUAUAAGAAAUCUUACAUAUUUAAUUUUAUAGGUGACUCUAGACCUAGUACUAACUAGUUGGGCCUCAUUUCAAUUUAUGGUUUAGUCUUUAGUAAAUUAGUAUUAAUACUUAACUUAUAAAAUAUAAUUAAUAAUAUAAUACUUAUACUAACUUAUACUUAUAUAAUUAAUAAUAUAAGUUAUAUUUAUAUUAUAUUUAUUUAUAUAGCCUAUUUGCCUAUCAUAAAUAAGUAUAGGCUACAUUGAAUUUAGUCUGUCUAGACUAACUAAGCUGCCUAAGCUAGUAUUAGUAUUAUUAUAGUUAUAGGUAGUAACGAACCCACUCCUUACAGGCUUACUAGUCAUUGAAUUCCAAGUUAUUGUAACUAAUUAAUAAUUUAGAAAUGUAAUAAAUUAUUAGACCUCAACUAGUGCUGGCGACCCAAAACUGCAACUAGUAUUGUGACUUGUGGGUAAAAUAUUUUUUUUUUGCUAAAUUAAUUAUUUUAAAAAUCUUGAAAUAUAAAUAGAUAAUUACUACUUAGCCUAAUUUAAUUAAUGAAUUAUAUAAUAUAGGCCUACUUAUACUUACUUAGACUUAGACCAUCCUCCAUGGGGCCAUAAAUAAUGUCAAACUAUUUUAGACAAACACCCCCCCAAUAAAAAUGAAAAAAUAAUCGUCAAAUCUUUUAAACAAAAUUUAACACCCUUGUUGCCUUGUCGCAAGUGUCAUUUAUUUCAAAUGAUGGACAAGACGAGUGAGGUGUCUAACUCUAAUUUUCUUUUCUAAUGGUACUUUUGAAAUGUAAAAUUUACAAAAUAUUUACCUACCUUUGGCAUUAAAUCAUUUUAAUUAAUAGGCUAUAUAUCUGAAAUAAAACUCACUACAUUAUCAGAAUAUUCCUCAAAAUAUUACUUGCGUUCCAAAGUGUCUCUCAAAGAAUAUUACAAUCACAUGCACUAUUGUCCAAAAGAAUUCCAAAAAUUAUUGUAAUAUUUUCACUUGUGAUCUAAAAAAAACAAAACCAUUCCAAGUAUAAGCACUUCAUUCAAACCAUUAUCUAGGUACAAGUAGAUUUUAAUGUAUAGUAGACCUAUAUGGAUUAUAUGGUUGAAUUACAGUUUUCUUUAAAAAAUACCAAAAUAUUGCUUGAACCUAGUAACGAAACCAUAUGUGUUUAUCAUGUGAACCGGCAUGUGAGAAUCACUGUGAACCCAUUUUAUUGCUUUCUUAUUUGAGUAACUAGAACCACACCAAAUUUGAGCUUUUAUCUUGAGGUUUAUUGGUUAAUAAUAAAAUUCACUCACUCAAACAAUAAUAUUUUACCCUACUUGAAUUUGACCUAGCCUAGAAAUGUAGAUUGAGUUUUGAGGCUAUUGAAUAUAUAUAUGGCUAUUGAGCAUUGUUUUGGUUUAGAUCUUCAAAGGCUGUAGGGUCUAGGGUAAGGAGACCAUUUGUACUGUUUUUACCAGUACAGUGCUGGUUUUUAUACAUUUUUACUUUUUAGGCAUGAUUUUUAACCAAUGCAGUUAGAGAGUACAAAAUAAAAGUGGAUUAAUUCAACAUUAAGAUUGAAUACAUUCUGAUAUCCAGAAAUAAUUAAAUAAAACAACUUUAAAAAAAAAAAAAUCAUCCAAAUGGAAAACUUCAAAUCAUCUUCAAAGGAAAACUUCACAGACAGACAAGUUCUCCUUGUAACCAUGAAUACUUUUUUAUUUUUGGGUAUGAUUUAAAUUUAAAUGUCCUGGUUUUAAAUUGAAAAAAAGGCAUCUAGCAUAGGGCCUAUAUAAAAUAUAACAUAUAUCUUCUUUAGCCACCAACGCUAAAGUUUGAGGCAAAUAUAAUCCCCAAUCAUUGAUUUGAUUAAUUCUUUUGCUACUAAACAUGUUUAAGCAUACUAAAAUCUGUUAAUACAUUAAAUGAUUUUAUUUAUUGUAUUUUAAUUUUGUCAUAAAAAAAAAAUAAUUCAGGUCUUAUUCUUUGGUGGAGGAUGGGUAUUCUUUCUUAAGCAGUUAUACAGAGACUAUGAGGUGAGAUUAUCACAUCAUAAAAACAUUGUCUGAGCUCCAUAAUAAUUUUGACAUCAAAUAUGAGAUGUAUGGAAUCCAUACACCUUAACAGGCUUUUUUAGAGUUUGAAAAUCAUUUAAAUAUAAUAGUGAUAGAAUAUUGUCCUUAGUUAUUGAAUCAUCUGUAUGUCAUUAGCUUUUGAUAAAUUAAAUCAAAAUACUGCACUCAGGUCCAUCACUCUGUUGUGCUGUUGGUUUUCUCUACAACAUUUGCCCUUUCGUGCAUCAUGUUUGAAUUGAUCAUAUUUGAAAUACUUGGAAUUAUGGAAUCAAGGUAAGUUUUUUUAAUAAUUAAAAAAAAAAGGAAUUAGUCAAUGUUAUAUCAUUUUCACAAAUCAUUUAUAAACUUAAAGUACAUUGGCCUCAGAGUAAAUAUUAUUUUAAAGAGAUAGAGCUGAAAGACAUUAAAAAUAAGUGCCUAUUAGCAAGAUAGAAGUAUUAAAUGGCUGGUUUCUUCAAUAAAAUUAAAAUAAAAGGAUAUGAAGAGUCUCCUAAAUCCUCUCAUUCCACCCCUCCACCUCAGCCUUCUUCCCCCAAACUCUCAACUCCAUGAAGACCAUUCCCUUAUUUUAUUCCCCACCUUCUCCCCCAUUUAUAACUGUUCUGUCAAAGCUGGAGCCUAAUAAAAAUUCUGCUCCUUACGUUCCCCACUAUCUCCUCAACUACCACUAAGACUUCUCCCACUUCAAACGCCGCUCUCACACAACCCACUUGCGUAUUCUUCCCUGUCCCCUUCCCUUAACUCUCGUCUCACACCACAACUUUCACCUAAACCCCAUCACAAAAUUCACCACCCUCUCCCAAUCCUCUCCCGCCUGCCUACCCUAAUACAAUUUGUACUACUGCUGCUAACUCAGUGACUUGUGAAAGAUAAUGUACAAGUCAGUGAUGUCUUUUCAUUGUUUUUUAUACACGGCACAUGCAUGAAGUUUUAGCUUCCUUAACCCAUAAUUUAUUCUAUAUUAACUUAUUUAAUAACUUCACCUCAGGCCUCUCAACACAUCUCUUAACCAAAUUAAGAAAAAAACUAUAACUUUUAUUAUUAGUAGUAUUUAAUAACAGACGGCUUAGGAAUCAUUUCAGUAUUUCUUAAUAUUUAUUUAGACAUACAUGAAUGUGUCUUUAUCUUAAUAGCUCUAGAUUCUUCCACUGGAAAUUGGGUCUAUAUGCUAUACUAUUUGUAUUGAUAGCUGUUCUGCCAUACUACAUUGCCUACUAUCUUAUUCAGAAUAUCCGAAUAGGUAAGUCAAACUUUUGAAGUAUUUUAUUUUUUUUAAAAAUGUUCUUGAAUUUUAAAAAUGAUACGUUGUGCUUACUGAGUUGAAACAAAUGUAUGAAACUUUUAACACCAUACCUUGAAAAAUAUUGAAUGUCAUAUUAACAAGACAACUCAGAAAGAAAGAAAAUCAUUUAUUAAACUUCAUGGGUUAUUUUUGGAUGUUUUGUAAUCUACACAGUUCCACAAAAGCGACACUUUAGAGUGGUCAUAGCUGCAGGGGCCUGGUGCCUGACUUUGUAUCUUUUUUGGAGAGUUGGAGACCCUUUUCCUAUCCUCAGUCCUAAACAUGGUGAGCCACUUUUAAUGCAUUGCUCAAUUUCUUUUUAAAUUUUAUCAUUUGACACUUAUCGUUAUACAUAAUUUGUGUUUGUGAGUGGGGACAGAAGAGGUAAAUAAUAUUUAAUGCUAUGCCCCUGUUUUUGAACUUCAGUGGUUGAGGUGUUUUAUUAAUUCCCAAGAAUUGUUGUCAUUCCACUCAGAGUGUAGAGAUUUGAACAGGCUACCAUAAAAUCACAGUGUUUCCCUCAUGGGGCAAUAUGAAUACUAUUUGGAAGGGGGAGGAGGGGAAACAUCUGUCAACACAAAUUUUUAACAAGGUAGUGAUUUCGACUCAAACAUUUAUUUUAUAAUGUUAUCAUUCUGCCUUUCAAAUAUUACAAUUAUUCGGUCUUAGGCAUAUUCUCCAUUGAACAAUGUAUUGGACGAGUGGGAGUUAUUGGUGUAACUCUGAUGGCCAUUCUUUCUGGUUUUGGUGCAGUUAACUGCCCUUACACUUAUAUGUCAUACUUUAUAAGGUAUCUAACUGAACAUUAAAUCUUUUGCAUAUAGAAAUUAUAAUCCUUAUAAUGUACCUAAAAAGUGCUAUAUAGUUCUAUUUUAAUGUGCUUCAUUAUAACUCUUUAGAUUACCGGUAUGACUCAAAGAGCUUUCUAUCUAACAUUUGAGAUGCACAAAUUAAUUCAUUUAUAGAACAUAUUGAGGAGAGUGAUACCCAUUUCCACCGUGGGAAAACACAAUUUUGACAAGUAAUGAGAGUUUUGAAAGGAGGAAACACCAACAUUUCAGAAAAUUAUUUUUUAUCGUGAACUUAUAAUGUAAUUACUACAACUAAAUUUCUGUUAGGCACGUGACAGAGGCUGACAUACAAAGUAUUGAGAAAAGACUACUACAAACAUUGGACAGAAUUAUCUCCAAGAAGAAAAAGUGAGUUCAACACCGACACAGACGCAAUACAUACAUUUUUAACAUAUUUAAAUUGAAGUCAAGUUAUUUUUCAAUGAUAACAUAAAACCUUGUUUUAAAUAUCAUUAAAGAGAUGGAUUAUUUAUUUUUUGAAUUUGUACUUUUCACUAAGAGAUGACCACUACAAUAAUGAUCACAUGCAUGAUUUCACUCUGUCAAUAUUAAUUUAGAACCUGACAAAGUUACUUGUAUUCAUAUUUCUGUUGAUUUAUUUAAAGUAACUUGUAUUCAUAUUUAUUUUUGUUGAAAGAAUUGCCUUGUCUCAAAGAGAAAGCCUGAGACAGGCCAGUUUGUCUACUCCGUCAAAGGGUAUCUGGGGAUUGUUAAAGAGUGCUGCAACAAGUGUUAGUGCCACGACUGAAAGUAUCCUUUUAUCAACAACAACAUUAGGUCCAUCCAACCAGUUCUUUAAGAUUUCAUAAAGAGGCAUUAUUCGUAAAGUUAAUGUGAUUUUUUAAAAUUAUUAAUUUUUAAAAUGAUCUUAUUGAAUUAAAAAUAGAAGAAAAAAUAAUAUACAGUUCUUAAAGUUUUGUGAUGAUGAAAAUCAUUGGAUUUUCUAGGAAUACCAAUAUCAAAAUAUAUUUUUAUUAGCUAUGAAUUAUUGGCAGCAUUACUAAAAAAUCUAAUUGAUUGACUAUGAAUAUUAUUAUUAAGUUUUGAAAAUUGUUGCAAUCUUCAUUUUUUAAAAUCCAAGUCAAGUGUUACUUAAACGUUAGAAUCUGAGAUGGCAUUAUCCUGUUGGCAGCUUGUAAUAUUUUCUCUCAGUUUGGUAGCAGUAGUGUAAUAUUUGUUCAGUUAACAAGUAUACUUCAUAUUUAAUUAAAUAGAAAAACUUCCUUUUUGGAAACUGUUUGUAUAUUGCUUAACCUUCCAAAUACUUGGGACCACUUAAACAAGAGACGAGAGCACUGGAAGAACUGAGUCGUCAACUAUUUUUAGAAACUGCUGAUCUCCAUGAUGCAAUGGUAAGACUGUCAUUUUAUAUUUGUACUUUUCUUGUUUUUCUAUGAUACAGUUCUUAUAUGUACUUUUAUCAAGGCUCAUAUUUUGUUUGUUUUUGUUGUUACAGGACAGAAUUGAUUACUCAAAGACAUUCAAAGGCCGUUAUUUCAAUGUGAUGGGACACUUCUUCUCACUCUAUUGUGUCUACAAAAUUUUUAUGGUAAUUUUUUAAAAUCUAAAAUCAAAGGAAUUAGUGUUUCAUGUCUUUGAUCUACAAUGGGGAAUAUUGCAAAAAUUAUUGUUCUUGCUUUAAAAAAAAAGUUAUGCCUGAAAGGAUGGAGGUCAUCUGCAAAGAAUUUAUGUCAGCUUUUAUUUGUGUGUUUAUUUUUAUGAAAAUGUAAAUUAUUUUAAUUAAUUUUAUUUAAAGUGUUCAAAUGACUUGAACAUAACUAAUCAUAAUUUUUGAGAAAAGGAGACACACAUACAUCAUGUUAUUCCUAGGACUUUUCAUGCAAAUAUAAUGGGGUGUAAAAAAAUAUGAACUUAUUUUAAAAAUACAAUUUUAAAUCAUGAUUUCAUUUUUAAAUUUCAUACCUCAAAUUGAAGCAAAUUUUUGCAAACCAACAUUUCUUUCUUUCAUUUUCAAGAUGUUCAAAUUUUUUCAGCACUCUCUUAACUGGUACUCUUGAUGAAUACUGAAUUUUUUUUUUCAUUUUACUUAUUAUAAAUUAAAUAAUUAAAUGUUUACCUUUUUGAUUCACUCAAGGCAACAAUUAACAUCAUUUUUGAUAGAGUUGGGAAAGUUGAUCCGGUGACCAAAGGCAUUGAGAUUGCUGUCAAGUAUUUCGGAUUUGAAUUUGAUGUGAGGAUUUUGAUUCUUUUUAUAAUGGGAUCAUUGAAAGCUGUGUGUUUAUAACUUCAGUUUUUGUUUUAGGGCUGCAAUCAAAGAUUUAACCUUGGUUUAUUUAAACAUGAUUUUAAAAGGUAUUUACUUUCAAGAAAUAAUUCUAGAAAUAAUUAUGCUUAACGGUAAGAAAAGAAAUGUAUUUAUUUUCAGAUCAAGUUCUGGUCUCAGCAGAUUUCCUUUCUGUUAGUUGGUGUUAUUAUUGUGACAUCAAUCAGAGGAUUUCUUAUCACACUGACUAGGGUAACUAAUGCUUCAUCAAUUUACAUAGCUUUUGUGCAGUCCUUUUUUUAAAUUUUUGGCUACGUAAUCAACACAUUCUACUAAAAGUUAAAAUAUUUAUUCUGUAUCCUAUUCUAUUACUCUCCUAACUAAAGGUAGACAAUUUAUAGUAACUUUCAUUUGGAUAACUUAAAAAUUUCUUGGAGUUUUGUGUUACAUUUUAAAUAUUUGACAUAAAUGUCUUGAGAUGUAAAUAGUUUUAAAUAUACAUUUGUUUUGUUUUAUUUAAAUAAUGUAUGUCAAUUAAUUUUUUAAGUUUUUUGAUUAUGUUUGUUAAAUUGUAUGUACAGUUUGGUGAGUCUAGCCCUAGGCUUGGGUACCACGCUAUAUAAAACCACGUAUAAUAAUAAUAAUAAUAAUAAUACUGUAACCAAUGCUGUCUUUUUUUUAACACAAAAUAAUGUGUGUGAUUUUUUAAUAAAAGGAAAAAAAAGUCUUUUAACAAAAAAAACAUAUUUUCUUUAAAAAAACAACUAACUAUAAACUAAUAAUUUUAAAUGUAGUUAAAAACAUUUUAAAGCAUAAUUACAACUUUAAUCAAUCAUUAUGAAGGAAAACCAUCAAUAAUUUGGAGCACUGACUUUGUCAUUUCAGUUUUUCUAUGCUAUUGCCAGCAGCAAAUCCUCAAAUGUCAUUGUGCUAUGUUUGGCCCAAAUUAUGGUAAGUUUUUUUAUACUGUAUCAACACAUUGACAGAUAACAAUUAAAAAAUUAUUAUCUUCUCAGAGAUAUUUGUUUGGUCCAAAUUAUGGUAAAUUUUAUAUGCUACAGACUGCAUAAUGUAAUCAAAUUUUGUAUGGGUAAUCAAAUUCAAUCGCUUAUAUUGCUGCUGGGUCUGGAUAAAUAAUUUCAUGUGUCAAAGUUUUUUAGCAGGUCCUUAAUUAACUUAUUCUGAAACAUUAUGCUGUUGAAAUACAGAAGACAGAGUAGAAAAAUGGCCACCAAUCCAAUGUUAGUGGUAAAUCAUGAAGGUGAUCUUAUUACUGUUGGUCCUUUGUUUGAAAAUGACCAAGGUGUUGAGUUGAGUAGUGGCCUUGACCUGAGCUGUAUUUUGUUUAAAGUGAUAGAGCUGCUCAAUUUGUCAGCCUCACUCUCUCGUCCUUGCCUAUUUGUACAAAUGGCAAGGCUAAGAUGGAUGACUGGAAAUAGAUGAUAACAACUACUUAAACCGGGGACAUGUUUCGGCUUUUUAACUAAUUCAGUAGAUAAUAAUUCAUGAGGUGGAGUCAGAGAGUUCGAUCACCAUUCUGGCAAAUAUUAUAAUUUAAAUUCAUUUUAUUCAUUAAAUAUUUUUUGGAUUGUUGUAGAUUAAAAGUGAUUAGCUAUAAAAGUGGGGCUGUAAAAUAAAACAAUCAUUUAUUUAUAGGGUCUUGCUUUUGCAUUGCUAGGAUUUAAACCCUAGACCACCAGCAUCUCUGUUUUGAAAUAUCACACUGAACCAUUUUUUUGUCUUCCAUUUAAGGGCAUGUACUUUGUGUCCUGUGUUCUACUUAUGAGAAUGAACAUGCCACAAGAAUACAGGUCUGUUCUUAACUUGUGCAUUUAAUUCAUGCAUAUCGUUUUAGCAUUUUUACUCUCAUAAUAGAAUUUAUCUAUUUAGUCAGUGUAAAAAUGGGAUUUGUGUAAUAAAUUAGCAAAUGUUAACCAAUAUUAAUAUUGGUACCAUGUUACUUAAGAAGAAAAAAAUAAUCUGUCAAAAAAAAUGUAAAGAUUAUUUUUUUUAUAAAUGUGAAGGAACAAUAUUUUAAAUUUGUCUCCCUUUAUUAAAGAUGCAUAUUUUUAAACCUUGCUCAAACUUUUGUUUGAUCGUUUCAUGUAGGCUGAUCAUCACAGAGGUUUUGGGAGACCUCCAGUUCAAUUUUUACCACCGAUGGUUUGAUGUGAUAUUUCUUGUCAGUGCCCUGUCUAGCAUUGGAUUCCUGUACAUCGCUCACAAUCAGUCGGCCGAGAAGAGUUUACACAGAUGAGAUCACCAAAGUGUUUUUUUUAAACAACCUUACUUAAAUGGCAGGCCCUUAUUGAAUGCCCUGUCACUUAUAUAUGCAUAUUUCUCUGUCGCAUGGAAUAUGAAUGACAGGUGUGAUGAAUGAGUAGAUCAUGUGACCAGAUGCCUUGGCAUCACUGCUGAGUUGAAGUAAUUGUUAAAUAGCAAUAGCAUAGAGUAAGAUAGAGUUAUUAAAGAGUGAGAUAGAGGUAGAGUAAGUGAAGCGUGCAUGUGCUGCUAGCAAAAUGAGAUUUUUAUCGUAAGGCUCUCUCUAAAUACUCUAAUGGCUGUGUGAAAGUUCUGUUCAUGAUGUCAAUCACUGGUGGUUUUUUUGACAUUCAAAAUUUGGUUAAUUCUGGUCCAAUGAAUUUUUAAUAUCUCCAUGGGGACUCUGGCUAAACACUGGCUAAAUUCAGACAGGCUACAGACGUUUUUUUUGUGUGUAAAUGUGACUGAUGCACUUUUUCUCCCUUCUGAUAUCUAAACAAAAUGGCUGUGUCCAAUGUUUUUUUUUACCUUAGAGCCAGUGUUAGAUUGAGUCAUGAGCACAUGUGUUUCAUGUAAUAAUCUUUGUCAUGUUAUUUUAUUUGACUGAAAAUAAAUUUUAAAAGGAGUAACAAGUUUUACCUUUGUGUCUCCCAAUAAAUAAUAAAAGUUCCAUUGAUAUCAACAACGUCCAGAUGAAUCCUAC